UUUGUGGAGUUCCCCGGGGCGCCAUUUUGCCUGAGACCAAAUAUAUAAAAGGAUCGAAUAGGUUUUUGUCUCAGGCAAGAUGGCGCCGCUCGUUCGUGGACGUUGACGGUUUCGCGCGACCUCUUGAGUUCGUAGCGUGUUCCGUUCCUAGUGCUGCGAGUGGGCGUGGUUUGUCUUUAGCCACAGAGGGCGCGAUCUCUAUGUAGUGCUAGCAAGAUGGGCGUGGCCUGUUUGUAAUUCCGUCAGCAGGGGCGUGGCCUGGUCCUGGACGCGGGAAGUUCGUAGUGUUGAGGAUCGUGAGUAUUCCCAGUGAUCAGAUUCCGGUUAUUUCCUCCUAGAUGGCGCCGAUCCCCAUCCGUCACAUCGUGUCCUUCAGCUCACAGGACCCGAAGCACCCGGCAGAGAACCUUCUGAUGGAGAGCGCCCCCCGGCCGUGGCUCAGCUGUCCCCGGGAGCGCAGCCGGCAGCUCAGGGCGGAGUUGCAGUUGGAGCGUGCCUGUCGUAUCGCCUACAUUGAUAUAGGGAACAGUGGUUCGGCCUUCCUGCAGAUCGACGUGGGCCGCUCCACCUGGGCCCCGGAUAAAACGUUCACCACACUGCUCCCCAUGACCACCAUGAUGUCACCGACAGAUGCCAGGGCCAUGAGGAACACCAGGAGAGUCCGGAUGUUUAAGGAAGGAGACUUCUUACAGGAGGCGGCCAUGGAGCAGUGGGAUCGGCUGCGGGUCACGUGCGGUCAGCCCUUCAAUAAGCAGGAGCAGUUCGGCCUGUCCUUCAUCCGAAUCCGAUCCGCGCUGAACGAGGAGGAUGAUCAGCGAGGCCCGCCUCCUCAGGACACAAUCUCCUCUCUCCACCCCAGAGAAGAGUCCACAGAGGACCCGGAGUCCUGGCAGCACAUCAAGAAGAAACUGAGAGAAACGUUCCAGACAACGUCCUCCCCUCCCCCGGCCUGUAUGAGCCGCUCCGCCCGCAUGCUCCAACUAACCACCGCCAAAUCCCAGAAGCUCAGCCGGCCAAUCACAGCGCCUCGGAGCCCACCCAUCCCGCUGCAGAGGGAAGACAACUGCGGCCAUCAAGAAGAGAGCCCUAGGUCAUCUGGUUCUUGCCCUGAGACCCUUACAGGGAGGCUCCGCCCCUCACAGAAAGAACAUGUGACCCCAAGUGCCCGUCGAAGGGUUAAAAUGGUGGAGACCCAGAGAAGAAGAAAAGUACAGACCCAUAAGAGUGAGAGACACCAAACAACGAGGAGAAAGCAGGACAGCCCCCGCACAGCACAGCGCCCCCCAGAGACCAACAUGAACACCUGUCCAGUCUGUGCAGGACUCUUUCCAGCCGCUCACCUCCCGGCCCAUGCCGCCACCUGUGGAGAAGCCCCCGGAUCACGCAGCAUCGUUCUGUCCUCUUCUUCUGAUGAUGAUGAUGUCAUCCUUUGGCCGCCGGCCGCUCCUCAUAGACCCGCCUCCUGGGUGCCGUGCCCGUUGUGUGCUUUCCCUUUCGAGGACCAUAAAAUAGAAGAACACGCCAGCAGGUGCGGAGAGUAGAGGAGUAAUUUAUCACAUAAGGUAUUACCCCAAAAGGGGCUCUAGAAUGUGGUCGAUCACAAGCCCCUUCUACAGAAGAGAGACCCCCCCCCCCAAACCAUCCCGUCACCUGCAGAGGCCCAGGAUCGACAUCCGUUCCCACCUCUCAACCCUUUGGCCGAGGCUUAUGGGGGGACCCCCCACACUACUCGUCUGCUACCCUGGUGUCCAUAAAGAACUGAUUGGUGUCCCCGAGACCUGGGAGGAACCUGAUGGCCACAUACAUGUCCUCGGGACCUACAGGAGGGACAUCCCUGAAGAAUCCCAGUGACUGACACGGGUGUAUAGUGAACAUACACUGACAUUUAUCUGGUGUGCACUGUGUUAUACAUCCUGAACGUCUACGCGGAUCUAUAAAUACCCCUCAUAGAAUUUACAAGGCCGAGGAGCUAGAGGUGCGGGCUCAAUAUUCCUGGCACCCCGUGGUCACCACUUCUGCACCUCGACUCUCUCCUACCCGCACCUUUAUGGCCAGAUACAGAGGUCAGAUGAGCCCCAGGGUAGCCAUUGGACCAUCACUGGAAGCUGCUCUGUCUGACACCCGCUCUAGUGCCCUCCUCGGCUCUACAGAUGGUGCAGGUAGCUGCAUGGACCAUCAUAGAAAGCGAGCACGCAUACUUCCUCAUAGAUUGUAAGCUCCUGUCACCUCCUAUUGAGGGAACUGUUGAAUAGUUAGUUGCAUUAUGUGAUUCCGUCUGUAUAUGAUCCCUGAUGUACAGUGCUGCAGAAUAUUUAUAUAAAUAAAGAUGAUUAUUUAUUAUUA